AUGGGAGGUUGGCAGCACAGUCUUGCAGUGAAACAGGGGAGUUGCUACUUUCACCUCCUCCAGAAGGAGGAGCAGCUGGUGCAGGAGGAGCGUGCGACAGAAAGACGGAGGAAGAAGGAGUUAAGACUCGCCGAGCUUAGACCUCCUGCCGUCUACUCAGAUUCAGAUGAGGACAAUGACAUUGAGAGGGACCCUGGAAGAAGCAGAACCACAAUAAAGAGACUGAAUAAGGAAAAGGCAAUAGAGGCCAAGUGGGAGCAGUUUAUCGCCACACCAAAGCCGGGGCAUGUCACAUCAAAGCCCCUUUGUGUUUCUUCAGGACGACAUCUGACCUUGAAGUCUUCCAGCUUCACUGUGGUUUCCUCUCUAGCAUCAACAUCAUCGAUGGGCAGCUUGUCAUCAUUCACGGUGGCCCCCGACUUCACAUGCAAUGACCCUGUUUCAAGUGAUAGCUUUGAGGCCCAGAGCACCCAUGAACCCGAUUCUGAUCCUCCGCACUCAGAAUGUAGCAAUGCCUCAGUCAAAGUCCAGCCUGAAAGAGAGCAAAGCACAGCCAAUGAAAAAACAAAGUCUCAGACUCGGAGCAUUAAGAGAAGUUUCCCUGUGGGACUGAGCUCUGCCACCCAGCUGGUGCGUGAGAAGGAAGACAUGUUGGAUGAGAUGAAAGCAUCUUUCGGUGACAAAGCGGAAGAAUUGAUGCUUAGUUUAUCAGAUACUUUAGAGCGCAGUGCCAAGAAGAGGUGGGAAAAUGGGGUCCAGCGAUAUCUGUCUCUUUGUAAUAUGACAUCAGAUGGACAAAUUCCUUCAGUGACCUGUUUACCUUCUGUGGUCUCUACGGCAACAGCGCAGGACUCCAAAGUGACCGAUGCUGUGUUUUCAAAAGAUCCAUACAGCACUCAGUGGUGCGUGUGUGUGUGUGUGUGUGAGUCAGAUUAAGUGCUUUUAAAAACACUGAUGCUAAACCACUUAAGUGUGUUCGCUAAAUAUUAACUUUAAUGACACCACAGGAUUCAGUAGACCACCGAAUCCACUGAACAUUAGAAGGUGUGAGAGUGUGUGUAUGCAUUCAACUUUGUUGUUUAUAGACGGUUUCAGCUGCAAGAUAAGUUAUGUUGCCC